UAAAUCGAGGUUUGGACCGACAACCCAGUUGCUUCACAACCUUGUUUCUCUACCUUCACUCGUUCGCAAUGGCAGCUAUCGCUUCUCAACUUGUCUUCCACCCUGCAGUCAAUCAGAGCUUGAAGUACGCUGCAACCACUGUCGGCCGCGACAAGGUCUACCGUGCUGUUCAAUACUUUGCUCGUUUCUAUGCUUGGUAUCUCCUCACAAGAGGUGACGACAAGGCCAAUGCUGCACGAUGGACGGCCCUCAAAUCCCAUCUUGGAACGGCUCGCAAACUGAUGCGACUUGGCAAACCUGUUGAACACCUCCAGGCAGCUUUGAAAAAUGCAUUUGCGCCUGCUCCUCCAGCAGAAACCAUCACUAGCGUCGCACGACAAGUCGCAUACUUUGGGUACCUCUCCUAUGACGUCGCCAUCUGGGCCAACACAAUCAAAUUCAUUAACCUUGCCCCUGAGACUGCUAAACGUAUCGCAAAGACCUCGUUCCGAUUCUGGUUUGCGGGAAUUGUCUUUAGCCUCAUCAACGGUAUCCUAAAGUCGCGACGACUUGCCGCCGAGGCGAAGAAAUUGAAGCAAUCGCGACCUUGGGGUGAGAAGGAUCUCGCAGAAGAAGCUGCUCGGGAGACCCGGUUGGAAGCUGUCCAGACCGCCCGUUUAGCCACUCGCCAACAACUCACGAUUGAUUUGCUGGACGUGUGGAUUCCGGCUACUGGCUCUGAACUUGUCAGUGUCAAUGAAGGCACUUUGGGUCUUUUGGGUCUCCUCUCUUCUAUCCUCGGUAUUCAAAACCAGUGGAACGCCGUUAACAAAAAGUAGUGGCAACGAUGGGCGGUUUUGUUGUAUAUUGGAAGCGGGAGGUGCUGCUGCGUUACGUUCUGUUGUCUAUGCGUGUAUUAUUCGGGUAAAUUAUUUGCAAAUAGUAUUGAUAGCAUGCCAG